UCAACUGUAAGCUUGUCUUGAACGUGGAAGCGAGACGUCGUCUUCAUUCAACAGUAGCACAAGCGUGGUGAAAACAGCUGACAGUUGCCGACCGUGGAUCAGCGAGAUGUCCAAAAGUUACUUUGAACGCGUUCCACAUAUCCACGGUCUUUUCAUUCUAAAUGUUACCUUCCAUGUGCUAUAACGGUGCUGAAAGAGACUCGGACCACCAUGAGUGACGGAAAGCUGCGUGUGGUCCCCCUGCACGAGCGUUGGGAGCUGGUGGACGCAUGCGCGCAGCUCCUAAACACCCAGUGGAGCCGGAGUCAAGGAGCCCGCGUCCACUCCCUGCGCCAGUCCUGCUCAGCCUUCCCCGUCUGUCUACUGCUGCUGCGCCCUCACCCGCUAGACUCGGGCACCCCGGACACCCUGCUGGGCCACGCCCGCCUCUCCAAGGUCCUGGGCAGCCGGAGCCUCUUCGUGGAGUCGGUGGUGGUGUCACUGGCGGAAAGAGGGAAGGGGCUUGGGAGGGCGCUGAUGGAAGGGGUGGAGGUGUAUACGCGCAAGAGGGGGUACACGCGGCUGUGUCUCACUACGCAUGAUCAGCAGAACUUCUACGCACACUUGGGCUAUGUGCUGUCCGUGCCUGUGCAGAAUUUGGGCAACCUGGGCAACAUCGUGCCCACGGAGCUCCUGCACAAGUUUUGCCGGGCACCACAGAAGCAGGAGGUGGAGGAGGGACAGAGAGAGGUUGCGGGGAUGGGUGGAGGAGGGGAUGGACAUACAAAACUGGCCGUCAGGAAAGCUGAGCCUUCCCACCCACUACCCUCUGCUCCACCUCUGCCUGCCCCUCCUCCUCCACCACCUCCACCUGGCUCUGUCCCUCCUCCUCCGUCUAGCCUUCCUCCCCCUCCUCCACCUCCACCUCCUCCUGCUCCUACACUCCCACCUCCCCCCACCUCCCCCCAGACUGCCAACUCACCUCCUGGGGUUCAGACGCUCGAUGUGACCCCAUACCGAGAUGCCAAAGGCAUGGCCAUAUUCUGGAUGCACAAAGACAUCUGACACGGACCACUGGACCACUAUUUUCACUCGCAGUAGAAAACACAAGGAUGGAGCAAAGCCAUUUGUAGGAUAUGUCAUUAUAUUGAGCUCACUGAGUAGUUGCUGAGCCCGUUUUGUGGGCUGGAUGUGUGAUUGAUUUCCUAUGCUUAAUUGUGGCUUCAGUCUCUGGACUGGUUUCAAACAUGUGCCACUCUCAAAGAUACUUGAACACGUCCUUGUACUCAUAUUUAUACAUGUAUGUGUGUUUUAUAAAGAUGCCCACAUAUCAUUGCUGUACUGUAUGGCCUUCCACAGAAAAUGUACCAGGUAAUGGAGAGAAUGAUACCAAUUCAUGGGCCAAUCUCUCACUUCACUGUGAACAUGCCUUGCUGCCAAACAUGUUUUAAGGGAAAGGAUAAUUGAUUUUAGUGAAUGGCAAUCAUGACAUGGAACCUGCCGCGUGCCUGUGGCUGUCAAUUAAAAGUAGAUUUCUCAA